AUGUCGGAUACGCUGGCUGGCCAUCGAUCGCCCAAGCGAACGACAUGGGGGAAACUACCUACACCGCCCUCGUCAGGUGGUUCGGAUAGUGUCACCCUUCACAGUGAUGACAGGAAAGGAAAAGCACGCUUACUCACGGGCCCUGAGGCCGAGGCACGCGAAAGCAAACGUCCAUGUCGUCGCGACUCCCGGAUUCUUACGCCACCUAGUACACGCGGCCGGCGUAUGCAUGACAAGCUAGGACUCGCAAGCGAGGCACGUCGCCAACCGCAGUCGCGGCAUUGGCGGCACUGCAGCGAUUCUUUCGAUGGGGCAUGGCUCUUGGACGAUAUGAACAUUGCCUCGUCCUCGACAUCUUGCCGGCCUCUGGAGGACGGCUCUCUCGCGCCGGCCCUUCCUGCGUUAUCGAGACCUGUGCGUGAUACGCCACACAACCCCUUUGUGGAAGGAGGGCCAGCGGAUGUCGGCAUCACAGGGCCCAAUGCACCGAAUGCGCUCAUGCGGUCGAUGGGCCGACCGCCCAAGGACCCAUCCCAUACAAUGUUUGUUUUCCGUGGCCAGCGUGUCGUGUGUUCCGAUAAGGCUCUCGCCAGCCGCCGCCCAUAUGCAGCAGACGUGGGGCAAUCGCCUCUCCGACCUCGACUGUUGUUCCCACCGCGGCAGCGGGAAGGUAUGCAGUACGACGUACCGGAACGGAAUGCCCUGUCUGACGACGAAACCUCGGGGCCUGUAGGCCCCAGUCGUAAGCCGCCGGGCCGCGGCUUGUUUGCGCGUGAACUAGCCUCGCGCGCGCCAGGCCCUUCGAUCGUUGCCACGGAUGACCUGGACGCCUCGUGGCUCGCUGGCCAUGCCGCGGCUCAGGACAAGGCACCAUACGUGGAGCCACCUACAUACCCACCACGGACCUAUACGCUACCGGCCAAAAACAGAGAGCUGCUCCAACGACUUGAGUCGGUGCAGUGGGCCGACGAGGCGUCGCCCCCCGAGGAGGCGUGA